GUCCGUAAAUGCAGCACGGGUAUAAACAGAGGCACUCAGCGUUUUGUCAACAUAAUUUCAUUUGUCUCCUCCGGGACGUUGUGAAACAUGUUUUUCUUAGAGCACCUGCCUUAAUUUCUUUGCUCAUUAAUAGCCAGUGCCGUCAUGGUGUCCUAUAAGCUGCUGAACCCAGAGGAUGUCCAGCUAUCUGAAGGGAACCGCCUCGUCGAAGAUGAGGAGGAUCCAGCGUCGCACGCAGAAGGAGCCUCUCUUCUUCCCCGUCGUCUGCCGUGCUCGGUCAGGACGGGACUCCUGAUCAUCGGCUGCCUGCUGCUGCUCCUCUGCGGAGGCUGGCUGGUGGGCACCAUGUUCUGGCUCCACCGGCCCUCCAGCUUGCUGCCCCACAGACACCCGCCGCCCGCCAAGGCCACCCUAAAACCGAACGUCACAGAGGCGGCCUCCCGCCUCCGCGAGGCGUGCGCCGUCAUCCCCGAGGCGUCGCGGUUCGAUUGUUACCCGGAGAGAGGAGCGGUGGUGACCAGAGACAUGUGUGAAGUCAGGAAUUGUUGCUUCAUCCCUGCUGCGCCUGACUCGCGGCCCCCGGGAAGUAACGGCGUUCCCUGGUGUUUCUAUCCUCCGGGGUUCCCUUCUUACUCGAUCGUGUCCAUGAACGACACCAGCUUGGGGCAGAGAGCGACGCUUGUCAAAAAUGUGAAGACUUACUACCCUGCAGACAUAAUGAUUCUGGAGCUAGAAGUCCGCUACGAGACGGCCACGAGGCUACGUGUCAGGAUCACAGAUCCUUCGAGUUCACGCUACGAGGUUCCCAUUUCUGUUCCCGCCGUCGCCAAGAAGGCAGGAAGUCCUGACUACGCCGUAGAGCUCUCCAAGGAGCCGUUCGGUCUCGUCGUGAAGAGGAGUUCUACUGGAGCCGUGCUCCUGAACACCACUGUGGCUCCUCUCCUGUACGCCGAUCAGUUCCUGCAGUUCUCCACCUCGCUUCCCACGGAAUUCAUCUAUGGCCUGGGAGAGCAUCGCUCGAGCUUCCUGCAUGACGUCCGGUGGAACACGCUCACCAUGUGGGCCAGGGAUGUGCCCCCCAUGGAGAAAACAAAUCUGUAUGGAGUUCAUCCUUUUUACCUCGGAAUGGAGGAGGAGAGAAAUGCGCACGGGUUCUUCCUUCUUAACAGCAAUGCAAUGGAUGUCAUCCUGCAACCUGCCCCGGCCCUUACCUGGCGCACGAUUGGUGGGAUCUUGGAUUUUUACGUCUUCCUCGGUCCCGAUCCUGGAUCUGUGAUUGAACAAUAUCUGGAUGUAAUAGGUCGUCCAGCGAUGCCCAUCUACUGGGCUUUGGGGUACCACCUGAGUCGUUGGGGUUAUGACUCCAGCAACGCCACCUGGGAUGUGGUCAAACGCAUGAGGGGUUCUGGGAUACCUCAGGACGUUCAGUGGAACGAUAUCGACUACAUGGACCGAGUUCUGGACUUCACUUUGGACCCCAUUAACUUUGCCACGUUGCCGGACAUGGUGAAGGACCUCCACGGUCACGACCAACGCUACGUGAUGGUCAUCGAUGCCGGUAUCAGCAGCGUCCAACCCGAAGGAUCUUACUGGCCGUACGACGAAGGGCUCAAAAGAGGCGUUUUCAUAAAAGACACGGAAGGAAAAACACUGAUUGGGAAGGUCUGGCCAGGCCUGACGGCAUAUCCCGAUUUCUCUGAUAACGUCACCCACGAGUGGUGGUACGAGAAUCUCAAGAGGUUCCAUGAUCAAGUCCCAUUUGAUGGAUUAUGGAUUGACAUGAAUGAACCGUCGAAUUUCGUAGACGGGUCCACUAACGGCUGCCCGGUAAACAAUUUGGACAACCCUCCCUACACGCCAGGUGUGCUAGGAGGUUUGCUGAGAGCCAAGACCUUGUGCGCAUCAGCUCCACAGAAGCAAUCCACGCACUACAACCUUCACAGCCUGUAUGGACUCAUGGAAGGAGAGGCCUCGGCAAACGCCUUGAGGAGGAUCUUGGCCAAGAGACCUUUUGUGAUCUCUCGCUCCACCUUCCCCAGUCAGGGCAUGUACACUGGCCACUGGCUGGGAGACAACAGGAGUCAGUGGAAGGACCUUUACACUUCCAUAGCAGGUAUUUUGACUUUCAACCUCUUGGGCAUCCCGUUGGUGGGGGCCGACAUCUGCGGUUUCAGCGAGCAGCCGCAGGAGGAGCUUUGCAUCCGCUGGACGCAGUUGGGCGCUUUCUAUCCCUUUACUCGCAACCACAAUGCCAUUGACAUGAAGCCACAAGACCCAACAGCGUUCAGCCCGCUGGCUCGGACAGCCAUGCAGCAAGCCCUGCUGCUGCGCUAUUCCCUUUUCCCGCUGCUAUACACCCUCUUCCACCACGCGCACGCACGGGGCCACACUGUCGCUCGACCGCUCAUGUUUGAAUUCCCAAAGGACACAAGAACCUAUGGGAUUGAUAAACAAUUCCUAUGGGGGAGGGGUCUACUGGUGACCCCAGUGUUGGAUCCCGGAGUAGACUUUGUGGUGGGUUACUUCCCAGGGGGUCUGUGGUAUGACUACUACACGGGCGACUCGAUAAACAGCACUGGUGAAGAACUGGGACUCUCUGCCCCUCUCGAUAAGAUCAACCUGCAUUUGAGGGAAGGAUCCGUUAUUCCGACGCAGACCCCCAACCUGACCUUGUGGGUGAGCAGCGGGCAGCCCCUUCACCUCGUCUCGGCGCUCUCUGACAACGGCACCGCCUGUGGCGAUCUGUUCUGGGACGACGGCGAGAGCCUCGACACCUUUGAGACCAACCAGUACGCCUACGUAGUCUUUAGCGUGGCUCGGCAAACAAUGAACUCGGAGGUGCUCCGCGACCACUCGGAGGCCUCGUUUAUCACGGUGCAGUCGGCGUCCUUCUACGGCGUGACGCAGAAGCCGAGCAAGGUGACGGUCAACUCCAAAGGUGUCGCCUUCGCCUACAGGAGCAACCAGGUUUUAACGGUCGCGGAUCUCGGCCUGAAGCUCAACCAGAACUUCACCAUCAGCUGGAUGUGAGGCCCGCGACCUUCUUGUUUGUCUCCAAGUAAGAGUCUGACUGAUGGACAUUCUUCAGUGCACAUCACAAAUAUAGUCAGGUUUUUAUAUUUAAUAACUGGUUUUAGUGACUGGAUUCAGAAAUGGCUUCGCCAAAGUACCCUAUAAACCUCCCUGAAGGAGUUUUCAUGGUGUGUGUGUGUGUGUGUGUGUGUGUGCACGUUCCUGGCUGGAGUAAAAAAAAAAAAAAAAACAA